AUGCUUCACGGCCUCCUCAAGAUCUCCUUUUUGAUUUCUUGCCUGUUAAUUCAUGAUAUAGAGGCGGGCGAGACUGUUUGGUGCACCGGGUCGUUUUCACCCCUCGAUGAGGACUCUUCAGAUUGUCUGUCAUUGAUCCCUAAAAGGCAAACAUAUAGCUGUAAACCUUCAAGCUGCCAAGUUGAUUACCACCAAUGGGUUCAGUGGUACCCUUGCCAGCUGACCAACUCAAACGAUAAAGGCGUCAGUACUCAACAAUGUGUGAAAUAUUCAUGGAUCAAGCCGAUUUUCACUUGUUAUAACCCCAACAAUACACCUUAUACAUGCAAGUAUACUCCUCAAACUGCGCCGCCCAUGGUCUGUACCGAUUGCACGGAGACAACGCCGGGAAUUGCAUAA